AUGUGCUGUAUCGUUGCUACGAAAGAAGACGACGAGAAUUUGCCUGAACUCCACUCAACAUCUAACUCCAGAAAAUUCAGCAAAAUUGACACAGCCGAAGAUUACAGCAGUGAUCUAGAAGAUCCAGCAAUUAUAGAGAUGGAGGACCAAAGCUUUCUGGACGAGAUGGCGUCUUUUGAUAAGUUGAUGAACAAGAAAAAAGAACGACAGGCGAUGGCAGAAGGUAUUGAAAUAGAGAUGACAGGAGAAAACACUAAACUGGUCUCCGUCGUCUAUCCAGCCCAUGGAGGGAUGUCGUUCGAGAGGCUGUUUCAGUCUGAUGAUUCCCUGAAGAGUGUUUACACAUGGCUAUGCUGCGAUGUUGACGCUGACAUUCUGCCUCCAAAAUUUAGACUUGACUGUCUAAAUGAAUUCACUUGCAUUGAUGAUAACUGUCAACACAGGUAUCCUCUCACUGCUGAAACUGCAUACAGGAGCAGGAUAGAAACUCUACCUGAAACAUUAUGCAUUGUGGAAGAGGAAUACACUGGAAACGACACGUUGACCUUGUAUGAUGAUGUCCUGUUUGCAUAGUCCAUAUCCUAUUUAUAUAUCAACAAAAUGACCGAUUUUUUUUUGCAAUGGAACGGUGUCCGUCGUCCGUCCGUUUACUUUUACUUUAAAUCGCUACUAGUCAUAACCCCAUCCCCUUGGAAAGUAGGGGCGGAGCGCAAUAGGGGAAAUUCGAUGAAUGGCGACACUACCACCCCGAUUUUUUUUGCAAUGGAACAGCGUCCGUCGUCCGUCCGUUUACUUUUACUUUAAAUCGCUACUAGUCAUAACCCCAUCCCCUUGGAAAGUAGGGGCGGAGCGCAAUAGGGGAAAUUCGAUGAAUGGCGACACUACCUACUUAAGUCCACUUGCGAAUCUGUAAUUUAGAGUAUGAUCGGGUGAACUAAAUGGCAGACAGACAUUCAUCUUUGAUGCUAAGGCAUACAUUGUGUUAUCAUAACAUGCAACCAUCUUGGAGAUUAACAAUUGAAACGAGUUCUCAAAAACCUCUUAUUAUAUGUUAUAGGUUAGGUCCUAGAUAUAACCAUGUAUUUGUAGUCUUGUGAAGAAAAUGAAGAAAAUAUGAUCACAUGUUCUGAAAUAAAUGAAAACUUGAAACACAGUAAAAUGUGUUAGUGAUGUUUGUUCCUAUGCAUAUGCAGGCAGAGACAAGGAAAUACGAAACGAAAACGCAUUCUGCGUCUUUGAUAAAACAUAGAAUUUCACCAUGACCACAUGAUAAUAACAUCAUAAUGUGGACUAGGGUAUGCUGAUGGUUCAGCGAUUUGUUUUGAAACAUGCAAGUACUGCUGCAUGGUUGCGAUAACUCGUAAAUUAUCAUUUUUAAUCGGGUUGUCUUCAUUUGUGGUCUUCUGACCUAAGGCCGGGAUGCCCAAUAGUCAUCGUGCCUUGUCAGUUUUUGCCCGCCAUGAUUUUUCGCAUUUCAAACUUCUUCUCAGGUACCAACAGUGGUAUUCAACUCCGACUUGCAUAAAAUGAUACUGAGAUGGUCAUGAUCAAGUAUCGUUAUUUUUCGGGUCGAAAUACUAGAUUGGUUGCCGUGCUUAUGAUAUUAGCUGUUCUGACGUAAUUCCAUCCGCUGACACAAACUUAUGAUGACUUUUGUGAAUCUAAAUAUAUUCGAGAAAAUACUGUAAUUUGAUAUCAAUUGAUUAUAAGUUCAAGUUCCCUCUUUAAACAAAUAUAUAAAAAUUUUGCCUCUGAAAUAUUUCGAGGUUCAUAGGCUAAGCCGUGGUGUUCACAUAUAGAAAUAGCAGCGGAUUUAAAGUCUUCAUCUAUAUCAUUAUCAGAAUCAGUCUUGUCUCGCAAAAAAUUGAAUAAAUCACUUCUUGUGUCAACGGGAUGAGACAUG